AUGCAGUUUAGUGGUGGGAAAAGUAAGGAAACGGAAAAAUGGGGAAAUGGGACCACAGUGACCGAAUUUGUGCUUCUUGGGCUCUCUACAAACUUCAGAGUUCGUGCUGGAUUGUUUGUCCUCUUCUUGGUUAUCUAUCUCAUUGCUGUAGCCGGCAAUGGCCUCAUAUUGAUGCUGAUUAUCGUAGACUCCCACCUCCACACACCCAUGUAUUUUUUCCUUAGCAACCUCUCCUUUAUUGACAUCAGCUAUAUCACCACCUCUGUCCCACAGAUGCUGGUCCACUGCUUCAUGGACAGGCCUACUAUCCCACUGGGCAGAUGUUUUGCUCAGAUGUCUAGUGCUCUCCUUUUAGGUGUUGUGGAGUGUCUUUUGUUAGCUGUGAUGGCUUACGACCGCUUUGUGGCAAUAUGCUAUCCUCUGAGCUACAACCUGAUCAUGAGUCGCAAUUUAUGCAUCCAGUUGUCUGCGAGUGUGUGGGUCAGUGGCUUCCUUUUGACUAUUAUACCCUUUUUCACCAUGCAGGCAACUUUGUGUGGGCCAAACGUGGUGAAUCAUUUCAAGUGUGAACUGCAGGCAGUGUUGAAAGUAACUUGCUCUGACACCCAUGCUAAUGGAAUUACCCUGAUAAUUACCAGUGUCUUCACCCUAGCAUUACCCUUCUUCUUUAUCGUGGUCACGUAUGGCCGUAUAGGAUGCACUGUUUUGCAUAUCCAUUCAACACAAGGUCGGAGCAAAGCCUUGUCCACCUGUGGAUCUCAUCUCACUGUAGUGAGCAUUUAUUAUGGCACCCUCCUGGCCAUGUAUUUGAGGCCUCAGGCCAAGACAUUCUCCAAUAGGGAAAAAGUAGUGGCAGUUUUUUAUAGUCUUGUGAUCCCCAUGUUAAACCCCAUCAUUUAUAGCCUGAGGAACAGGGAUGUGAAGGGAGCCUUCUGCAGACUGGCUGGGAAGAAAGUAGAGGAACCAGGUUGA